UGUUCAUUUACAUCUGUUAACACCGGAAAGAGCGAUAAGAAAAUUUUAUCAAAUUAGAACAUCUUGUCUACUCACACACUAGUGUUACAUUUAUGCAUAUUUAUGCAAAUAUUUAGCUACAACGAUUGAUACCGCGCUAAAGGUUUUGGGAAUUCCCGAAAAAAGUUACAAUAAAAAGCUUAACGAAAUCGUAACGGUUCUAUUUGCCAGCAAACAGUAUAAAAUGAGGCCACCGAGAUUCGCUAGUUAUCAUUUCUUGCUUUUCUUAUAUAAUAAAUAAAAUAAUUAACAAUAAUUAUCAUUAAAACCAACCAGCAUUGAUAUAUGCAACCAACAAUAACACCACACCUGCUCCAAAGUCCAAGAAUCAUUGCCAUCAAAAAUGUAUUAUUAUAUUAUUGAUUCAUGGGGAAAUAUUUUUGAAUUCAGUAUUCUUGAUAUGAGACACAAAGCGCAAUAGAAAUUGAUUAAUAGACUAACUUCCCCGAAUUCCGAAAUUGCUCACGUCUUCGGCUGACUUCCUGGUUCCGGGCUAUUACUUUUUUUGAGCUAAUUCCGGAUUACCAAGAUGAAUCAUAAAGUUAUUUUCAAACUUUCAAACGCGAUGAAUGUUCCUCUCAAUUAUUAUUUUCGAAGAAAUGAGUAAAUUCGACAAACCAGAAGAGGAACUGGAGGAAACAUUGCACGAUUGUCUAGAGUGGGGAAUUGGGGACUCCCGGUGAAUUCCUCUCACCUCUAGGCGCGUUGGCGUCAACAAACUGAAACCGUAGGAAUUCCCCUUGCGUGACGUCAAUUUCUCGCGCGCAUGUGUGAACCGAGACGAAAAAACCCGGCAAAAUAGUCUGGAAAGUUGUUACUCAUUCAACAUUCAAUCAUUUUCCCAAUUACACUAAAACUUUGUGGAUCAUGGAAUAUGAAAGUGAAUCCACGAUUUGUGGCAUAUGUGGAAAUUACGACAAGUUGUUAACACUCAACGCACGAGAGCAACUCUUAGUCAGAGAAGUCUUCAGAUGUAUCUUCCUGCACCCAAAUAACUCAACCAAAGCCUGCGACUUCUGCAUCCAUAAACUGUACAACUUCAAAAACUUCCUCAAACAAAUCAUCCUCAACCAAGCCAAACUCCGCAAGACUCAUGAAACAACAAUGCAACAGGACCCCAACAAAGACGACGCGGACGAACCCCACACGGAUAAAUACAACUGCAGGUGCUCCAACUGCCAAAACAAAUUCGGAAGUUUGCCGCUUUUAGUCCAAGUGAUUGAAGAAAACGAAAAGACUGAACCGAUGCCAUCCACAAGCCGCGACCUAUCCCCGAAACCCAGCAGAAAAACGAUGAAGUGCACACAUUGCGAAAAAACAUUUAGUCAUAAAGGUGAUUUGAACAAGCACGUGCGAACGCACACGGGGGAACAACCCUUCACCUGCUCCGUCUGUGAUAGAAAAUUUGCGCACACCUCCAACUUGGCCAGGCAUUUGAGGCUCCACAGCGGCGAUCGGCCCUUCACGUGCGAAAACUGCAACAAACAUUUCAGCCGCAAGGACAAGCUGGACCUGCACCGGAGGAGCAAAAACUGCAAGAAGACCAGCUAACCACGCCUGCACCCAUCUAAAUAAAGUACAACUGUUUUAUUACCUUUUUACGUGUAAAUAUUAUGUAUAUUCGUAUUUAAAAACCACAAAAAAAUUAUAAAUCUGUAUUAGAUAUAAUAAAUAUGAACAAGAUUUAUUUUUAA